AUGAAGACUUUAGUUUUCCUGACACUUUUUGUGGCAUGUGCCUUUGCACACACAACAUUAUUCAGACAAUCACCUGACGAUUCGAGCUCCAGCUCCUCGGAAGAAGUCAUUUUUACGCAAAAAGCUGCUGUUCCGUCAAGUGAAUCUAGUUCCUCGGAAGAAGUAAUUUUUACGAAGAAAGCUCUACCAAUUGCUAAAAACAGAGGUAGAAAGCAUGAGAAGCACAUCCAAACUCGUUCCUUUUGGCAAACAUUGAAAGAUGCAACCAGCGCGAUAACAGAAUUUUUCUUCAGAAGCAAUUACCAUCGUCCCGAUGACGAUACUAGAUGGGAAAAGUACAAGAUUCAGUACAAACUAAAAUUCGAUGAUCCGGCAGAUGAGGAGAAAGCUAAGGCUAGAUUUGUGAAGAAUCGUGCCAAGGUCCUUAAGCACAGAGACACAAACCCAAACAGUUCAAUCGAUAUUGACUUGAACAAGUUUGCUAUUAUGUCAUCUAAGGAAUUCAGAAGACGCAAGAUGGGUCUUACGCCUGAAACUCGUCCAGAAGUAAGAAGCUUCUUCUCUUCCGAUAUGCUCCGUGAAAAAGUUCCAGACUACUAUGAUUCUCGUCGUACCCCGGGAGCUGUUACGUACAUCCGUGAGCAAGGAGAAUGUCAAGGUUGUUGGGCUUUUGCCACAGUCGCAACACUCGAAACUGUAUUUUUCAUGAAAUACAAGAAGACAUACAAGCUUUCCGAACAACAGUUGCUUGAUUGUGAUGGUUAUAAUGAGGGUUGUGACGGUGGUACUAUGGAUGCCGCUUUUAAUUACAUCAAACGUAACGGAGGUAUCAAUCCCCAAAAAUUGUAUCCAUUUGAGGAAGAAGCGAAGGAUUGCAGAGCCUCACCCUUGUACAAUCGUCCAAUUUUCAUCACCGACGUGAAAGGAUUCCCAAAACCAGCAAGGGCAGGAAAACCCGGAGUACAAGCAAACAAAAUUGAGGAAAUGAUGAAAGUCGCUACUUUCCAACAUGGCGCUGUAGCGAUCGGAAUUGAUGCUGAGCACAUGCAAUUCUACAGUGGCGGUAUCUACACAGGUCCUUGCACAAUUGGCAUCAAUCAUGGUGUCGCAAUUGUUGGUUAUGGCAAAUGUCCCGACACCGGACUCGAUUAUUGGAUCAUCAAGAACUCUUGGGGCACCAACUGGGGAGAACGUGGCUAUUUGCGUCUCGCUCGUGGCAACAACACGUGUGGCGUUGCACAGAUGCCUAGUGUCCCAAUUAUUGCUGAUAACAUCGAUUUGACGAAUGUUAAAACUGACGAACAGGUUGAUGAUGAAAAUUAA